UAAUGUAGGUGGUUUGAAGUUUUGAACCGAAUUAUAAAUUAAAUUACUGAUUAAUAACGCUAGUUUAAGCUUGUCAUCGAAAUAACCGAUCUUUUGUAAAAGAAGUUGAUGAAAGUGAAAGAAAACAAGGAAGUCAAUUUUUUUCACGAUGGCUGAAGGUUUAUCGUGUGAUAUACUCGAUUUGACAAACUUAACACCGGAAUCAUUGACAGGUGUAUUAUCCUAUCUUCCAGCGGACUUUCUCAUUAACACCUGUCGUCUUGUGUGUCAUCAGUGGAAAGACAUCGUGGACGGAAACACUCUGUGGCGACUGAAAUGCUUACGUGAGCGGUUUUAUGUUCCACGUUUAAUGGGUCCGCCGCCAGCAGAUUUUAAGGACUAUUACUUCAAAAACCCAUAUAACAGAAAUCUGGUCAAAAACCCGAGUGGAAAAGAUGGCAAACUUCAUUGGACCAUAGAAGAAAAUGGUGGCAAUCAAUUUAAAGUAGAGACCUCUAAUCCAUGUGCCCCAGGGAGUUAUCCUUGUGAUGGAAUGAAGGAAGAGGGCUAUGAAACUUGCUGGGCCACUUCAUAUGGCUGGUGUGUAAAGCACCAGCUCAUUGAUCUGUUAAAGGAAGGGUGUACUGGGGCUGUCUUGGACCAAAUUAAACCCGACAUCUACAUUUCUGAAUGGACAGCAGCCAGAAGAGACUGUGGCAGUACAUACAAACUUCAUGUUCAGUUACUGGGAGAAGACAAGCAGGAAGUGCUGGAUCAGUUCUCCAAGCAGAGACAUGUUGAACAAUGGGAAGGAGGGCAUUGGGAAAAGAUAGAGCACAAGUUUCAAAAUUACCCACCAGGUGUCAGGUACAUCUGGUAUCAGCACUCAGGAAAGGACCUUCAGUUUUGGGCGGGGCACUAUGGACCAAAACUUGGUGGAUCAACUGUCAGAUUUCAAUUUCGUGAACAAACUAAAUGAGAACAACAGGGCAUCUUAGGAUAAAUUAAAAAGUUUGAUGAUAAUGAUAUGUUAACACAACACUCAGGGAAGGACUUUCAUGGCAGGCCGAACAUUACAGGCCAAAAAUUUGAGGAUUGGCAAUGAGACCCCAAUAUUAUGAACAAACAUACUGAAAAAUUACUGAAUGAUUUCUUUGGAUGAAGGUGGUGACUGGUGAUAUUUUAUCUUCAAACCUGUGCCAAAUAUUUAAUUUUUUAUAUAGCUGCAUGAAGUUACCUUUAAGGAUUCAGGGGCAGAUCCAGAGAUAUUUGCAGACAGUUUUCCAAAUUAUCUUUGUUGAUCCAUCCUCCAUUUUUGACCAUCUCCCAAAAGAAAAUAUACCCAUCAAUGCAUACUUGAAAAUCUGAUCGUCCUGCGGAAGACCCAGAAGACGGCCUCAAUCUGCACCUGGGAUUUAUAACCUUCCUCUACCAGGGCCACAGAAAUAAUUUACUAGACAUUCACAUAUAUGCCAUUGGCUCAUUCUGUGCAUUUUUUCUACUGUGCCCAGGAAAUAUUUACAUGUAUGUAUGGAAUUGUCAUCACUUAGCUGCCAUUAGUAUACUCAAUUUUAUUCUCAAAAUCUCUCAAUGUGUUUUUGGCUAGUAUUUUUUUGGUCAAGGUAUUACCCUUAGUCAUCUUUAUAUGUUUUGCAUUAAUGCCAAUAAGAAGCAUUAAUUACAGUUAUCAAAUAUAUGAAUAAAAAGAAAAUAAUAUGUCUAAGAUAACGAUUUUCUGUGAUUGAUAAAUGCACGCGUCGAAGGAAGAAAUCACCUGAUGUUAUUUCCAGGGUUUUCCGGAAUCAUUUUUCUCCUUAACAUGUGACACUAUAGUACAUGAAAAUAAAUCA